AUGUCGACAAUUCCACCGAAGCUUCGGCCAUAUCUACAAUCAGCAGCUCUGAAAUUACAUACAACUCGGAGCUUCACCAUUUCCCACCAUCUACAUGCCCCGGCCGUUGCCGAUGUUGUGACCUCGUUCCUUUCGCGGUUCCAAUCAUUAGGACCUCAAACCCGCACCCAGACCCUAGAUGCCAAUCAGCUCCAGCUUCUAACCCUCACUUUAAACCGCCCCUCCCUGUUUCCCGGCUCGCCCUCACUAUCCAAUGCUCCGAGCGCCCCACCAGCCGAAACACCUGUCCCACCCGGUUACCAUCUUGUGUAUUUUACACCAAGCUUUCUAGAGACCGAACUCGGCGCAGAUGGCACAGAUACAUCAUACAACCCCGAUGCGCCCUUCACUCGACGUAUGUGGGCUGGCGGCGAGGUACUUUGGCCGAGGGAUUUGGAUGGAAAGCCAAACCUCCUGCGCGUUGGGCAGGAGGUGAGUGAGACAACAUACGUCUUGAGCGCUGAGCAUAAGGUUGUCAAGAAAACUGGUGAAGAUAUGAUUGUGGUUGGUAUCGAGAAGGUGUUCUCUAAUGAACAGGGUGUGUCUAUAGUGGAUCGACGUAACUGGGUUUUCCGCAAGGCCUUACCUACACCAUCCACAUCCUCUCUCUUGGGUGAUCGUUUCCCUGCAUCAACAUCUCAUGCCUCGCUACCGAAACAGACCGCGAUCUCUACUGAAGGCAAUAUCCAUUCGCGGACAUUUGUGCAGACUCCGGUGACUCUUUUUCGAUUUUCUGCGUUGACAUUCAAUCCACAUAAGAUUCAUUACUCACUUCCCUGGGCGCGUGAUGUUGAAGGUCAUAAGGAUAUUGUCGUUCAUGGGCCAUUGAACUUGAUCUCGAUCAUGGACCUCUGGAGGGAUACUCAAGGUAAAAAGAUAGAUUCCAGCUUAGCGUUCCCUCGGCAUAUCUCAUACCGCGCAACCAGUCCGUUAUAUGCAGGCGAUGAGUACUCGAUCAAGUUGGAGGAUAAUGGAGAUCGGUCGAGAGUACAAAUCGUGGGAUUGGGAGGCGUGAUCGCGAUGAAGGCGGAAAUUGAAUAA